AUGAAAGUGAUUCCGCCAAGACUUGACUACGAGUAUGGAGUCGAAGAUACGCCUUGGCUUUGCAACGUGUUCCUUUCCAAACUGACCAAUCACGUUGCUGACCUCGGAUAUAUGGGAAGGGCUCCUUGUUGUGAGAAAGUGGGAUUGAAGAAGGGGAGGUGGACAACCCAGGAGGAUGAAAUUUUGACCAAGUACAUUCAGGCCAAUGGAGAAGGUUCUUGGAGGUCGUUGCCAAAAAAUGCAGGAUUGUUAAGAUGUGGGAAGAGUUGCAGGUUAAGGUGGAUUAACUAUUUGAGAGCUGAUCUAAAGAGAGGGAACAUUUCUGUUGAGGAAGAAAACACCAUUGUGAAGUUGCAUGCUUCCUUGGGCAACAGGUGGUCGUUGAUUGCAAGCCACUUGCCUGGACGAACAGACAAUGAGAUUAAAAAUUAUUGGAACUCUCACCUGAGUAGGAAAAUUUACACAUUCCAAGGCACAACUACUGCUAAACCAGACAUCAUUACUCUCACCCUACCUCCUAAGAGGAAACGUGGUAGGACCAGUCGCUGGGCCAUGAAGAAGAACAUAACCUACUGUGCCCCAAAACAAAACCAACCACCGAUACCGGCAGUUCCUCUACCAUCAACGCCCCCACUUGAGACCGAAAAACAUUCUUCCACCCAUGAGAAUACUACUACAACUAUUCAAGAAGAAGAAAAAGUAGGUACUAAUACCAUGUGCCUUGAGGGUGAGAAUAAAACAAUAAACAAUGAGGAUGAUGACAUAUGGGGACCCUAUGAUGAGGAAGUUAUUAAUGGCGGGGAGGGAGAUCAGGUGUUGAAUUUUGAAUCUUACAAUGACAUAAUGGGAAAUUGCUGCCCCCAUGCAAGUGGGGUUUGGACCAUUUCUGGCGAAGGUUGCAGAGAGAGCAGUGAAGCGGUUGGGAAUAAAACAAGUGACCACACAAUGAUGUCGAGUGGUCGGGACUUACAGUGUUCUUGUUCUGCCAAGGCUUCUUCUUCCUCUGACUUAUGGGAAAGCGUGGUGCAGUUUGAUCAUAAGGAUGAGUCUGCAUGGGAGCACCAGCAGAGCCUCCUCACUUGGCUUUGCGAAGAUGAAGACUGGGAGAAGGACUUCCAGAGCGUUGGUGAGAUUGAUCCUCAGAAACAAAAUGACAUGGUUGAUUGGUUUCUCUCUUGA